CGGCCGCCCGCACCGCAAGAUGCAGGCCAAUCAGAGCCCGGGGGCGGGGCCUGGGCAAUCACGCCCUCCCUCUGGGCUUAUUGAGAGUUAUAUCCAGAAAUUCAGUUCAGAGAGAGGAGAGAGAGGAGAGGGAGAAGGAGAGAGGGGCAGAGGAGACGGGAGAGAAGGAGAGUAUGCGAGACGGAAAGGAGCGCCUUAGAGUCUCUGAAGCACGCAAGAAAUAACAGAUUAGGAAUUUUUCGGGCAAGUGUCACCUGGAUUAAGGUCAGAGAAUCACCAUCACCGCAACUCUGACGUUUCCUACAAGAAGUUAGAGACUUAAGCAGUACUGGCAUCGGUUGGAAAUGGUAUGCUUGAUGCUGUGGAAAAUAUCCCUGAGCUGAAGAAGUGCAACUGAAUGUUGUGUGUGUGCUAAAUACCCAGAAGAACCCAGACCCAGUGGGUAAGAGAGACGAAAUGUGGAGAGAAUGACUAACGACAAAUCCGUGAAUUUGUUCUCUGGAGUUGCUAAUUUGCCAGUCCGAAGCAACACAUUUUACAGGGAGGAAACGUUUUGCUGCUUCUGAUUUCUCCCCAAACUGGUGCUACCAGAUGCAUGGCUUUCUAUGUGUUGGAACAAAUCAUUCCUAACUGCAGCAUACUGGGAAAGGAGAAAGGUUGAGGCAACUAACUGGCUGUCUCCAAAUAAGUGAUGAGAUAUAAUGCAUCCUCCAGUCCAUGCACGCUUCCUCUUGCAAUUUGUGCAUCAUUCCUCAGUGGAAACCUUUAAACCCUAAAAUCCAGGAAAAGAAAAUAAAUACAUUAUCAUGGACCUGAGGGAUUUUUACCUGUUGGCUGCUCUGAUUGCCUGUUUAAGGCUGGAUUCCGCAAUAGCUCAAGAACUUAUUUACACUAUUAGAGAGGAAUUGCCUGAAAAUGUGCCCAUAGGAAACAUACCAAAGGAUCUGAACAUUUCUCACAUCAAUGCUGCCACAGGGACCAGUGCCAGCCUUGUCUACAGACUGGUUUCUAAAGCUGGGGAUGCCCCUUUGGUGAAAGUAUCCAGCAGCACUGGAGAAAUUUUCACAACCUCCAACAGAAUAGACAGAGAAAAACUCUGUGCUGGCGCCUCAUAUGCUGAGGAGAAUGAGUGUUUCUUUGAACUUGAGGUGGUGAUCCUCCCCAAUGACUUCUUCAGGCUGAUCAAAAUAAAAAUAAUUGUCAAGGAUACCAAUGAUAAUGCCCCCAUGUUUCCAUCUCCUGUCAUCAAUAUUUCCAUUCCAGAAAACACUUUGAUCAACAGCCGCUUUCCAAUUCCAUCAGCAACAGAUCCUGACACAGGCUUCAAUGGUGUACAGCAUUAUGAAUUGUUAAAUGGGCAGAGUGUUUUUGGACUGGAUAUCGUGGAAACUCCGGAGGGAGAGAAGUGGCCACAAUUGAUUGUUCAGCAAAACUUGGAUAGAGAACAGAAAGAUACCUAUGUGAUGAAAAUCAAAGUAGAAGAUGGAGGCACUCCACAGAAAUCCAGUACGGCCAUACUGCAGGUCACAGUAAGUGAUGUAAAUGACAACCGGCCAGUGUUUAAAGAGGGUCAAGUGGAGGUUCAUAUUCCAGAGAAUGCUCCUGUAGGUACCUCUGUAAUUCAGCUCCAUGCCACUGAUGCAGAUAUAGGCAGUAAUGCUGAAAUCCGGUACAUUUUUGGUGCCCAGGUCGCCCCUGCAACCAAAAGACUCUUUGCUUUAAAUAAUACUACUGGGCUGAUUACAGUUCAGAGGUCCUUAGAUAGAGAGGAGACAGCCAUUCACAAAGUGACAGUGCUGGCUAGUGAUGGCAGCUCCACUCCUGCUCGAGCAACGGUUACCAUCAAUGUCACCGAUGUAAAUGAUAACCCUCCUAAUAUAGACCUCAGGUACAUUAUAAGUCCCAUCAAUGGCACCGUGUAUUUAUCUGAGAAAGAUCCUGUCAAUACAAAGAUUGCCCUAAUUACAGUUUCAGAUAAGGACACAGAUGUGAAUGGCAAAGUGAUCUGUUUUAUUGAAAGAGAGGUCCCAUUUCAUUUGAAGGCAGUAUAUGACAACCAAUAUUUGUUAGAGACCUCUUCUUUGUUGGACUAUGAGGGCACCAAAGAAUUCAGCUUUAAAAUUGUUGCCUCUGAUUCUGGGAAGCCCAGUUUAAAUCAGACUGCCCUGGUAAGGGUUAAGCUUGAGGAUGAAAAUGACAACCCACCAAUUUUCAACCAGCCUGUAAUUGAGCUGUCAGUUUCUGAAAACAACCGACGUGGGUUAUACUUAACAACUAUUAGUGCCACAGAUGAAGACAGUGGGAAAAAUGCAGACAUUGUUUAUCAGCUUGGACCGAAUGCCUCCUUCUUUGAUUUGGACCGAAAAACAGGAGUUUUGACAGCCUCCAGAGUCUUUGACAGAGAAGAACAAGAACGAUUCAUUUUUACAGUAACUGCGAGGGACAAUGGGACCCCUCCCCUCCAAAGCCAAGCGGCUGUGAUAGUUACUGUUCUGGAUGAGAAUGACAAUAGCCCCAAGUUUACUCAUAAUCAUUUUCAAUUUUUUGUGUCUGAGAAUCUGCCAAAGUAUAGUACUGUGGGGGUAAUCACAGUGACAGAUGCAGAUGCUGGAGAGAAUAAAGCUGUGACUCUUUCCAUUCUAAAUGACAAUGAUAAUUUUGUGUUGGAUCCCUAUUCUGGAGUCAUAAAGUCAAAUGUCUCAUUUGAUAGAGAACAGCAGAGUUCCUACACUUUUGAUGUCAAAGCUACUGAUGGAGGACAGCCACCUCGUUCCUCUACUGCAAAAGUAACUAUCAACGUCAUGGAUGUCAAUGACAACAGCCCAGUUGUCAUUUCUCCACCGUCUAAUACUUCCUUUAAGUUGGUACCCCUCUCAGCCAUUCCUGGCUCCGUGGUAGCAGAAGUUUUUGCAGUGGAUGUUGACACUGGAAUGAAUGCCGAACUAAAGUAUACUAUAGUGAGUGGAAACAACAAAGGCUUAUUUCGGAUUGAUCCAGUAACAGGUAACAUUACUCUGGAAGAAAAACCAGCACCUACUGAUGUGGGAUUGCAUCGUUUGGUGGUCAACAUAAGUGACCUGGGGUACCCUAAGUCUUUGCACACGCUUGUGCUUGUAUUCCUUUAUGUUAACGAUACUGCUGGAAAUGCCUCCUAUAUCUAUGACUUGAUCCGCAGGACUAUGGAGACCCCGUUGGACAGGAACAUAGGGGAUAGUAGCCAACCCUAUCAAAAUGAGGACUAUCUAACCAUCAUGAUUGCCAUCAUCGCCGGUGCCAUGGUGGUCAUUGUUGUGAUCUUCGUCACCGUUCUGGUGCGCUGUCGCCAUGCAUCAAGGUUCAAAGCAGCUCAGAGGAGCAAGCAAGGUGCUGAAUGGAUGUCCCCAAACCAGGAGAACAAACAAAACAAGAAAAAGAAAAGAAAGAAAAGGAAGUCUCCCAAGAGCUCUCUUUUGAACUUUGUUACUAUCGAAGAGUCCAAACCCGAUGAUGCAGUUCAUGAACCUAUCAAUGGGACAAUAAGCCUGCCGGCUGAACUGGAGGAGCAAAGUAUAGGAAGAUUUGACUGGGGCCCGGCACCUCCAACAACGUUCAAGCCUAACAGUCCUGACCUGGCCAAGCACUACAAAUCUGCUUCUCCACAGCCUGCUUUUCAUCUCAAACCAGACACUCCAGUUUCCGUGAAAAAGCAUCAUGUGAUUCAGGAACUCCCUUUGGACAACACCUUUGUCGGGGGUUGUGACACCCUUUCUAAACGCUCUUCCACUAGUUCAGAUCACUUCAGUGCCUCAGAGUGCAGUUCCCAAGGAGGCUUCAAGACAAAGGGCCCCUUACACACGAGACAGGAAUUAAACAAUGAAAACAUGAUAAUAAAGAUGGUCCUAUGGAUAAAAACAAAGUGUAACUCACACAGCAAAAGUGACAAUAUUCCUGUCACUCCUCAGAAAUGUCCCAGCUCUGCGGGUUUCCACAUUCAGGAGAAUGAAGAAAGCCAUUACGAGUCGCAGCGCCGUGUUACGUUUCACCUCCCUGAUGGCUCCCAGGAAAGCUGCAGUGACAGUGGUCUAGGAGACCACGAGCCGGUGGGUAGUGGAACCCUGAUCUCACACCCUCUUCCUCUGGUUCAGCCACAGGACGAAUUCUAUGACCAGGCCUCUCCGGACAAGAGGACUGAAGCAGAUGGCAACUCUGAUCCCAACUCUGAUGGGCCUCUGGGUCCCCGAGGAUUAGCCGAAGCUACAGAGAUGUGCACUCAAGAGUGCUUGGUUUUGGGUCACUCUGAUAAUUGCUGGAUGCCUCCUGGCUUGGGUCCAUAUCAACACCCCAAAUCUCCUCUCUCAACCUUUGUACCCCAGAAAGAAUGGGUGAAGAAGGACAAGCUUGUGAAUGGGCACACCCUGACGAGGGCCUGGAAAGAAGACAGCAACAGGAACCAGUUCAAUGACCGUAAGCAGUAUGGCUCCAACGAAGGCCAUUUCAACAAUGGCAGCCACAUGACAGACAUUCCUCUGGCAAAUCUGAAGUCUUAUAAGCAAGCAGGAGGUGCUAUUGAGAGUCCUAAGGAGCACCAACUCUAAGAAAGGCUAUAUGGGACCUAAUAACUUUAAUCUAAAUAGACAUGCUAAUACCGUGUGUGUCAGAGCUUUAUGUAUUCAAUAGAUCUCUACAAGUCUAUGCCCCUUCUAGCAGGGAUACUUAUAACUUUGUGUUAGCACCGUGGAGAAUACAAUAUUUUGCAACAUAUGAGAGAAGAUAGUUCUAGUCAUGCAAUCUUGUUUACUAGAAUUGAUUAAACUCUCCAGAGAUCUCUCCAUUGUGCAAAAAAAUUUUUUAUUAUUGCAUUUUAUUUUGACCCUGGACUGCUGCUAUGAACAAUAGAAUAUGCAUUUGGAAAGUAAGAAAGUUUCAUAGAUUAGAGUGACUGAAAAACAUACCCAGUUAAAAAAUUGUGCUUUUUUUUUUUUUUUUUUUUUUUUUUUUUUUUGGCAUUGAUUUGUACUGGGACCGCUAUACUUGACAUUAUACUGCAAACAAAACUUAAAGAGAUAAGCAUUAAACCUAUUGUGCUGUUAACAACGUUAGUGGACACUUGUAAGUCAAUCAGUGUUAAAGUAUUUGUAAAUAGAAGCAAGCUAUUAUUAACAACUUUUGUGUACUUAUAAUGUUCACCUAAAAAUGUCGUAGCAUAAUUCUGUGUUUUAUGGUUGCUUCUGUCCUUUUUAUUUACCUCUUCGUUGUUAUUUUCGUUGUUUCUUUUAGUGAGGUGUUUCUGCGUUAGUAGUCUGUCUUGACACACAUUGUUCAAAGAAUCUCAAACACUUGUGUUUAAAAAAGGUUCUGAAAUCUUGCUUCUUGUAUGAUAGCUUAUGAUGCUGGAAUUCUGUAAACAAUAAAGAUGAAAGAAAAAAUGAUAACUAUACAAAAAAGGACUUCUGUAAAAGCUUGGAAAUUCAGAACCUAUUUUUACAUCCUUGUUUUCAAAGUAGGCAAAAGCAAAAUCAUCUAAUUAGUACCAUUAAGUGAGAGAGUAAUGGAAAAGUGUUAUCCAUAAAAAGUGAUAUAAUAUCCUGUACUUGUCACUCAUGCAAAACUAAUGUAUCAAAAUUAGCAUAUAUGGAAGAAAAAUCACUAUUCUAAAAUAGUUUCAAUUGGGCAAAUGUGUGUCUACAACUUUGUUGAAAUGGCAGAGUUUGUGUUGAUCCUCAUAUACAAUAAUGUUGUUGUAACACAAGUGUUAUUAGACCAUAGCCACAAAAUAUUUAAUGUGUUGUGCCUUCAUGAUGUAACAACAUUCUCCAGGUAGGGUAGUUGGGGGAAAUAAAGGGAUAAAUCUCUAAUUAUUGCUGUUUAACUGUUUGUUAUCAUAGUUGGUCAAUGCCUGGCAGGUACCAGCAUAUUGUCACUUAGGUCAAACCAACAAAGUGACAACUAAUGUUAAUAAGAUCUCAGUUGCACGUGCAAACAAAUCCAAAUUCGAACAUUCUUAGGAGGUUUUUGUUAAGGCAUGACAGAUGAUUUAAACAAAUAAAUAGCAUGCAACAAAAUGUCUUUAUUGAAAGAAGUGGAAGUUAUCUUAAUGCCACGGUUCACCAUCAAUUUAAAAGUAAAAAAAACAAAAAAAAACCCAAAAAAUUAAAAAAAAAAAAGGUUUGCUAAUCUGAUAGUUAAUUUGUUCUUACCAAAAAAUAAAAUUACUUUGUAAAUAGCAGUUCACAUUUUUCCACAGUAUAAUGGAAAAUAAUGGGUAGGGGUGCAUUGCUUAUUGAAGUACAUUUUUGUCAGUUUGUGAGGGGUGUUUGAUGAUUUUGACAGAAUAAAUAUCUAAACAAUUAUCCUUGUUACUGCUUUGCCAGUUCUACGUUAUUUACAAUUAUUCAGCUCUUGCAAUAAAUGUUCU